AUGCCACCUAUUAUCAAUGGAGAACACACAAAGAUCCAGCUUAGUACUCGCAAUAUAUUAAUCGAAGUAACCGCCACUGACUUGGAGAAAGCUAAAAUAGUGCUUAACACAAUUGUUUCAAUGUUCAGCCAAUAUACAUCAAAUGGAACUGAAGAUAAUGCUUCAUUCCUUGUUGAACCAGUGGAAGUUAUUUCGGUUGAUGGUACUAAACACGAAUAUCCGGAUCUCAGUGAUAGAUCGAUGGUAGUAAAUGUUAAAAGUAUCAAUGGAAGAAUUGGACUGAACUUGAAAGCUGAAGAAAUGUGCUCUCUUCUGAAUAAAAUGUCACUUAAAACGCAAUUACAUUUAAAGGAGAAAAGCCAAGAUCUUUUAGAAGUUCGAGUCCCUAUAACAAGGGCUGAUAUAUUGCAUGAAUGUGACGUAGCAGAGGAUGUUGCUAUUGCAUAUGGUUUUAACCGAAUUGAACAACAGUUUCCAAAAUCUUAUACCACUGGGGAACCAUUUCCGUUGAAUAAGUUAACAGAUUUGCUGCGAUAUGAUAUCGCUGCUGCCGGUUGGACUGAAACAUUGAACUUUGCUUUGUGUAGUCGUGAUGAUAUAUCAGUAAAACUAAGAAAGCCAGAUAACCUGAAGCAAGCCGUUAAAAUUUCGAAUCCAAAGACAUCCGAAUUUCAGGUAGCGAGAACAUCGUUACUUCCUGGUUUAUUAAAAGCACUUGCUUCUAACAAGGAUAUGCCAUUGCCUCUUCGAUUGUUUGAGAUUCAAGACGUGGUUUUGAAAGAUUUAAUCGCAGACGUAGGUGCAAGAAAUGAGCGUCGUUUUUGUGCUCUGUAUUGCAGUAAAUCAUCAGGCUUUGAGAUAAUACAUGGUCUGCUGGAUCGAGUUAUGCAGCUUCUUGGAAUAAAGUGGACCAAAGAUGGAACAGGAUAUUAUAUUGCGGCUUGUGAUGAUCCCACAUAUUUGGAUGGAAGAUGUGCGGAAAUUAUCGGACCGGCUGGGAUUUCCCUUGGUAGAGUUGGUGUUCUGCAUCCAAAUGUGAUAACUGCUUUUGGACUUGCACUACCCAUUUCGGUUAUAGAUAUUACUAUUGAGCCAUUCUUGUGA